AUGUUAAGAAACUUAGUGAUUUUUUUCCUGUUCCACGCCGUGACGGCGCAAAAUGAUGAGUUAUUUGAUUUAAAUAUUAUACAUUAUAACGAUUUUCAUGCACAUUUUGAUCAGGUAGCACUAAGUGGUGGGCCAUGCAACCCGUCGGAAGGAGACUGCAUUGGCGGGUUCUCACGUCUCUACACGGCUAUUAUGGAGGUUUUACAGGCCGAGCCAGACUCUUUGGUACUUAACGCUGGAGACACGUUCCAAGGCACCAUCUGGUAUAACUACUUACGUUGGAACGUUAGUCAACACUUCAUGAAUAUGCUGCCUCAUGAUGCUCAUGUAUUAGGAAACCACGAGUUCGAUCAUGGAAUAGAUGGUUUAUAUCUAUAUUUAGAGAUGCUCAACUCGCCUAUGUUAGGGGCCAACGUUAACGCUACCUUGGAGCCCGCCAUUGCGCCAUAUGUGAAAAAUCAUAUUAUAGUUGAACGAAAAGGACGAAAAAUUGGCAUUAUUGGGAUCUUAUUACGGACUUUUUCAGCUCCUAUAGGUAAUGUUAUAAUGGAAGAUGAAUUAGAAGCGGUCAACCGGGAAGCCGCCAUUCUCACUGCCCAGGGGGUUGAUAUAAUUAUUGUACUCUCUCACGUUGGAUAUGACAGUGAUAUCGUUCGGCCAUCAGGGUGGGCUAUUUCCUAUUUGGCCUACCCCUCUCUCAAUGAGGGGACUCAGGGAUACCCGUUCUCAGCAGUUCGACUAUGUUGUUUACGUACGCGAUCUUUAGCCGCUCGCAUGCCACCUGAAGUGGACAUCAUCGUAGGCGGUCACUCACAUUCACUACUGUUCAACGGAGUGGCGCCCGAUGGCUCGACACCAGUCGGGGAGUACCCUACUGUUGUCACACAGGCGAAUGGACAUCAGAUCUUGAUCGUACAAGCAGCCGCGUAUACUCGGUAUUUGGGCAACAUUAAACUCACUUUUGACAGUACCGGCAAGAUGGUGUCUUGGAAUGGGAAGGCGAUUUAUCUCGGCACUUCAAUUGUAAGAGAUCCCACAAUAGAAAGAUUAUUAGAACCUUGGAGGAAUGAAGUGGACGCGAUCGGCAAAGAAGUCCUCGGCUCGUCGCUAUCUGCGCUCAACCGCGGGUGCUACCGCGGCGAGUGCAACCUCGGCAGUUGGGCCUGCGACGGCUUUCUAGAAGAAUUGAUGCCUCGCGCGGAGCAGGGCGCGUGGGGAUACGCGCACGUGUGUCUCAUCAACGCGGGCGGCAUCCGCACUAACAUUGAAUCAGGUGAAAUUACAACAGAAGCACUCCUCAUGGCAAUGCCGUUUGAAAAUUAUGUGCAAGUAUACGAUUUGAAAGGAGAAUUUUUAUUGGAAGCUUUAGAGUUUUCUGUCGGAGUGACACAGACCGAUCCUGCUAACUUCUAUAGCGGCCGAAUGUUACAAGUAGGCGGUAUACGCGUGGUGUACAACGCGUCGGCGCCGGUGGGCGCGCGCGUGGCGUCCGCCGCCGUGCGCUGCGUGCGCUGCGACGUGCCGCGCUACUUGCCGCUCGAGCGCGACGCCGUGUACAAGGUGCUCACGCAGAACUAUAUUGGCGAUGGCGGCGGCGGUUAUACGAUGCUAUCAAGAAAUAGAGAAAAUGUGGAGAACAUAGGCGUAGACUACCAGCUACUGCAGGAGUACCUGCGGCGACAGGGCACGGUGCUCAGGGAUAUCGACGGACGCAUACAAAUCGUGUAC